GGCGGCAGUCUCCACCCCGCCAUUGAGGUUUACCAUGACGCCCUCACCAACAGCUCCUUCAGAGUCAAGGACGGCUGCUCAAUUGAGCGCGGCGACCCCAUUGUUGCGCUUCCGCUUUCAAAAACGCUUUCAUACCUGAACGCAAUUGGCGGCCAUCCGGAUUUCCCAGAUUUCAGGCAUGAGAGUUUUCGUGGAAACCCCGAGACCGCAGAAUGGUUCCCCGCUGAGUUUCUGAAGGAGACGCCCCCGCAUGUGACUGGUCGUUUCGUUUUGAUGCAGCAGUAUCUCUUGGGACGGGAUUCUGCUUGGUGGCCAUACAUCCGGACACUCCCACAACCGGAACACGUGGGAGGCAUGCUUCCUGCAUUGUGGCCGAAUGAUGAUAUCGAGUUCCUGACGGGGACCAACGCGUAUGUUGCCGUUCAGGAGAUCAAGUCAACGCUGAAGAAGGAAUACAAAGCCGCCAUGAAGCUACUACCCGAAAAGUAUGCCUUUAAGGGCUAUUCCAGGCCAUUGUACCUUUGGUCGUACGGCAUAUUUACGAGCAGGAGCUUUCGACCGUCAUUGAUCAUUCCGGAUGGGGGUUCCUUGGGGCUGUCAUGUGACAUCGACGACUUCUCACUGCUGCUCCCUCUCUAUGAUAUUGGGAAUCACUCGCCGCUGGCAAGAACGACCUGGAGUACCGAUAGAGAGACGCAGAUAUGCAGGCUGCAGGCCGGUCAAUCAUGCGGUCCUGGUGAGCAGGUGUACAACAACUACGGCAUGAAGACGAACGCUGAGCUCCUCCUGGGCUAUGGUUUCGUCCUGGCCGAGACGGAUGACUUCCACAACGAUUACCAUCACAUCAAAACGAAACCAACAGAUGAUGAUGACCUCGCAUCCACUCACCUCGUCUCGCUUCGCCCAAUGAACGACCCCAGCACCGUGACGGGUAGAUCCAGGCAGCAGCUGUUGGACGACACUGAAGUCUUGAGCGAGUUAUCUCAUAUUCAAGAUUCCCUAGUGUUAAACCUCUACGAAGCUAUCGGAAGGGCCACCGGCGUGAUCAAUGAAGUCAGUAUUGAGGACCUGAUGGCGGGCAAAAUCGUGCAAGAGGUCAAGGAUAAGAUCAUCACUGCAUUGGGCUCCAAACUGUCUUUUGACCUGGAAACAUUGGACGAAGUCGAAAUCGUGGGCGAUGAGCUCAAUCCGAAUCAGCAGCUCGCAGUCUUGUAUCGGGAGCAAUGCAGGAAGGUGCUCGAAAAUGCCCUG